AUGCUGGGCGGCGUGGGCGGGCGGCAUGCGUCCGUGCGGAGGCGCGGCAGCUCGCCGGGCGUUCACUUGCGUCGCGAUAUUAUAUCGCCGCCCGUGUCACCGCGCCCCAUGCGUCGCCGACGCGCUGUCGCCGUCUCCGAUCACAAAACAUGCGCGCUUAUACACACUCGCCUCAAACUCGGCGACAUCAUUAAGCUAAAGUUUGCAUCCCUGUAUCUUUGUAAGGAAUCUGUUUUGUUUGACAUUUGUGAGUUUACAAAUAUACCUGCGAGUGGAGCGUCGAACGUCGACGUUUGGGUCAGAUCGGAGCACUGCGGCGCGGCGUGCGAGCGGAUGCGCGCGCAGGGCGGGUGGCGCGGGGCGGGUAGGCUACGUGCGCGGGCAGUGGCGUGGAGCGCGCGCCGCGGACGCCCGCACCGCCGCACCGCAGUGACGAGCAGCAGCCCGCCAUGCCCGGCCCGCGCCCGUCCCGCGCCUGACAGCAUGGCCGCACCGACCGCCAACACCGCACGCAGCCACGCUCUGACCACGGUACGGAUUCUUCCUCCCGAGCUGACCGUGCUUCUGUCCUCCGCAGCACGAAACUAG